UCUAUAUUUGAGAUCAUAAUGAUCCAAGAAACACCAAUUUUAUGUUUAUAAAUAGUGAUUCAAAUAAGCAUUUUAAAUUUGAUUUGCUUGAUUCAUUACAGAGAGGACUGGAUUAUUUAAUUCAUUAGAUAAUAUUGUACAUAGUUGUUAAUUAAGGAUCACUACUAGAAGUAUCAGGGAUAGAGGAAUAUUUCACGUUUAAUGCAGUAUUAUUUUUCUAUCUAUACAUAUUUUUAUAAUAAUCAUAUUCCAUUACACUAUAUUAUAAUAUCAUAAGAAUUUAUAUUUACAUGAAAGCAAGAAGAAUCUAUUAUAUUUUUAUAUUUAUAAUAUUUCAGAGCAUUUAAUGAGCAAUAAAGAGAACAGGAAAUUUCUUAAAUUAAAUUCCUAAAGAAGUCUUCGUUCAUGGGAUAGCCAAAAGAUCUAACAUCAUGCCCUUGAAACACGUUGAAGUAACAUGAUCGCUUGCAGGCAACCGUCUGUUUUACUUCUUUAUACCUCCGGCGAAUUGAACGAGAAGCGCUUCAACGACGAUAUUACAUUUGCAUAGUGGAAGCGUUCUAUAGCCAACAGCACGCUAGCCCAUAUUAACCCGUCUAUUAGAUCAACUUCGAUACUUACAUCAUCCGGUCUAAUAGACACAUCACGCUUUCCCUAACAGUAUAAUCCUUUCUUUACGAGAACAUUGGAAAGGGGGUCCAGUUUUAAGUCUACAACCAAUGAAGAAGGGAAGUUUGAAGAGUGCAUAAACAAUAGACGUUUACAAAGAAGAAAGGAAUCAAUGGAAAGUCAACGAAUGAUUUUUUCAACGUAAUCUUCAGCAACAUCCGAACCGCCACAACAAACGAGAGACAGCAGUGACUGAAAAAGAUGAAUGCACACAACAGUGGUUGGGAUUUUGGCGUCCUAUUGUCUGGUUCUUCUGCUCGAGCAGGUCGAGAGCCGCUUAGCCUGGGUGAACCCCCCAUAGACUGAACCGACCACUUGUUCCAAUCGGUCCGAAACAAUCUGAAACUGUCAGGACUACAGCCAGUCCGUGGCCUUCUUCACGGUAAUAAAUGGAAAGUUGAAGGCACCGUAAGCUCCGUGAACGGGGAAGCGACGGGGAAAAAGGAUGAAUCUGAACGAUACGCCCAUAAAAUGCACAAUAGAAGAACACGAUCCAACUAUAGAUACUCUUUGCACCUUUUUUACGCGAGAUUUUCCAUUUACCAACUCUUCAGACUUCUACUAAAAAUUCUAGUAUCAAUAGUUUUCAAUAGAUACACAGAUUCAAAGAGUUAUAAUUAUACUACAAAGCAAUGAAUAUUCUUAUCAUCAAUCAUUGCAUUAAACAAAUGAUUGAUCAAAGAAAAUUACAGCGAUCCUUGAAGAAGUAGUAUGUAUUCUUAUCAGCUUGCUUAAAAAUAGUCACCGAUGGAACGUGUUAAUGAGAAAUUAAUUAAUGGAGCAUCGAAGAGGUUUACACGGCGGCGAGCGGAACCAGAGUCGAGGAUCAGCGAGACAACGGUAAACCACCGUCGGUGCGUCGCGACGAGAAGCGAGAAAGAGACAAAAGGCAAGGCAAUGAGACGAUGGAGGAGAGUAAAGGAGUCGAAGAGAGAGAGAAGAUCGCAUACCUGAGUGAACAGGUGUGCCGGAGUGGACGACGAGUGAGUUGCUGUCCGAGCAGCCUGUUAAGUCCCUUCGUGCACACGAAGAACAGGGACGCAAUCACUGGCCGAUUUCAGAAUUCGCGAUCGCACUUGGAAAUUCCAUCGUGGAAAGUAAAAUCUGAAAUUGUUCAGGGACCGUAAACCAGCGCGGCGAAUCUUUUGCGCGAAUCGAAUGUUUCUCAGCUCGGAUAUCGUUAAAUUCCAUGAACAUCAAAGGCUGAAGUUUAAGCUCGAUCUUGAGGGGCUGGUUAUACAGGCUGAUUCAGAAACGGAUACGGGCUAAUUUUAACACUUUGACACACGUUUCAUAGAAGUUAGAACUUUAUCUUACUUUAUCAUAUGCCUCGAUGAUUCAUGUUUAAAAAAAUAUCGGUUGUUACCGAAAGGAUAUAUCUUAGAUUUUUGCAACUUUGAAAUGGAUUAAGGAAAUUUAUCGUUAACCCAUAACACAAGAAAAAUAUAAAAAGGAGGUAAAACAAAAAUCAAUCGUCAGUGUGUAAUACCAGGAACGAUUUACAUAAACAAUCAGAGGAGCAAUAUUUCAGAAGCAGAUUAUAAAUACUGAGAAAUACUUUUGUCGCUUCGCGAGACAAAGCACAAUAUAAUUGCACUCACGAUUGUCGCCACUUUCUCCGCUGGACCGAGUGCAUUCGAGUGCCGGCAAACUGCCUUCAAACUUCUUCACCGAGCAACUGGUUAUCCUCUUUUUUCCCACUUUUUGGUUCAGUCGUUUACGAGGAAGUAUGGUAUGGCUAAUAACAUAUCGUUGUAUCAAUAUCGAUGAUGAUAUGAAACUGUUAGAGGCGUUUAACAGGAAACCCCAGGAAGGAAUUACAGCCAUGGGUGUCCCGAAGACAGAUACUGCUUGCACGCGACAACGUUUGGAAUUAUUGAUGUAACGAGUCCGUGGUUCGGUCACUUUUAAAUCUGACUGUGAACUUAAUCUCAUUUUGCAUCAUGUCUGGGAGUACAAAUUGAAACGUGGUUUAUUUCCAUGCUAUUAGGUUCCAGAAGGACAGUUCGACCCGAAUGCUAUGGAAGCGCGAACUACAGGUAUCGAGGAAAUAAAUCAGGGUACCGAUUGAAAUUUAAUGAGGAACGUGGACCCAGCACAGGUGUACGUCCGCUCCUAAACGCAUACGAUCAGCCUGCACCCUCUCGCACCCUUCUGUCGGCCAGCGCUCGACUGCUCGCUGUUAAAAGCUACAUUCCAUCGACCAAACAACCAGUUCUGAAUCGGUUUCGAAUUCUCGAUGACUCAUGAAUCUUCGAUCGCACGGAACUACCUAGAAACUCUGUAUCCCACAAGGAAGAAAGCGAAAUCUCCGUCGAAAUCGCUUUAUUCGGUUCGAUUAAAACUCAAAUACCUUUCAUUGUAUAUGUAUCGUGUUAUAGUAAUUGCUUUCAUAAAACAGAAAGUCAUUGCUGCAUUAAUUAGUACUUUGAUUACUGUGUUGACAAUUCUAUCUAGAGUAGUCAUUAAUUUUCAGAUUGAAUUUUUCUGUAACUAAUGCCACCUAAAAUCAGGAAACAUGACUGUUUUCAUUUAUUACCUUUGCAGAAUGGUAGAACAUCAUUGAGAUCAUACAGCAGCACAAAAACUUGCCAUUAGGAUUAUGACGCGAUAAGGAGGCAAGAUAGCAAGAAAUAUAUUACUCAUUUUUCAAAUAAGAGUAAGACGAUACUUCCGUUAUCUCGUUCAGAGGAACCAAACGAAAAGAUCACGUAAAACAAAUACAAAGAAAUUAAAUGAUAAUGUUCCAGACACACCUUCUUUCAUUGUAAAGUAUUUUUAUGCACUUUAAAAACACUCGUAUGCAUGUCUCUGUAACCUGGACGAGGGAGGAUCUUAAUCUUCAAAAGAAAAUAUUAGAUUGGGAGUGAAAAUUAAUUAUAGUUCAAUAGUGACUCGUACCUAACAGCAUGGAUAUAAACCACGUUUCAAUUGUUACUCCCAGACACGAUGCAAAAUGAGAUUAAGUUCAUAGUCAGAUUUAAAUGUGACCGAACCACAAGCGAUAAAUUGAUGGAGCACGGUUUUCGUCGGAUUUCAAACCAUCGAAAUUUCCUGAUAGCGAAGAAGAGUAGCGUAGAGUGCAACGGGGAGUCUGCCGCCGAGCCGAGACAGGCUGCUCCAGCAGGCGAGCAAGUGCCAGUUGCUCGGCGGCAGUUGCCACGGUUGGACAUACAUUUGCGUCCUUUAUCGUCGAGGUCUUCGUUUCCACGCAACUACCCUCGUCGUGGUUCGUAAUCGAGAAUCAAGGCUCACGGUGAAACGAGCCGGUACACAAAAAGUGGCAAAACAGAGUUGACGAAUCGGUAGAGGAAGAAGGAGGAAGCGUGCAGAGAAAAGAUCAUGAAAAGAAGGAUGCCAUGUGCCAGAAAUAGUGAGUGCGUGUGAGUGGCGUGCGUGUACGUGCGUGGCUUCGGUCCUUCGACCCUCGAGGACGUACCACCAGCCGAGGACACGAUGAUGAUGAUCCCGAUGAUACGCACUGCUAUCCUCCUCUACGUCUUCGUCCACCUCGAUGCCACUGCGAACACCAUCACUACGGCCAAGGAGGAGUGCAGGAAAAGGAUAGCCGAAUGCACGAUGAGCGACGGUGCAAGUACACCGGUAUGUGGGAGCGACGGUGUUACGUAUUCGAGUCAGUGUCAGGUCAUUUCGAAGCAGUGUCAAGGCAUGUCUAUUCUUAUCAAACACACUGGCCCUUGUCCAGAGACACCAGCGUGCUUCUCCGCAAGACUGACCGCCAGGCCGGGUGCACGACCAGUCUGUCGUCCGGAUGGCACUUACGCACCGGUCCAGUGUCACGAGGAAACCGGGUACUGUUGGUGCGUGACGCCGCAGGGCAGACCGUUGCCCGACACCUCGGUAAGACACCAAAGACCAAGAUGUUUGAAACCUGGUCCCAGAUCUGCUGCUUCCACCAGGAGCGGCCAAAGAAGGCGCUCGCCGAACUGGAAACAGCGAAGGCAGUACAGCAGCAAGCAUAGGAAUACAUGCGAUCGAGCUGAGAAAUCAAAGUUCAACGGGAACCUGAUCGAGAACUUCAAAAUAGAAUACAGACGGACUAACAUUUCUGCCGAUGGUGACAAAAACGUGGAACGCGUGCUGUCGUGGAAAUUCGUGACGCUUGACAAAAACGGUGAUGGCUAUCUGGAUAGGGCAGAGUACAAAGAGCUUAGGAGACUAGCGAAGAAGGCGGUAAGGCCGAAGAAAUGUGCUCGCACGUUCGCCCGCACGUGCGACCUAAAUCGAGAUUUGAAACUCUCCAGGCAAGAAUGGGGUGCCUGCCUUGCGAACGACUUCACUCUACGUUUGUUCUUGUCGCUGAACCCCGCAGACGAGCGCCCCGAGGUCCCUGAGGCCCAGAGGACCCGGGCCACGGACCAAGUGUUGAAAGGCAAUCCUGCCCCAGUACAUUCGCGACCAGCGUUCAACGAUGACCCAAUGGAUACUAAAGAAGAUAGCGAUGCAAACGAUUGUUUAACGGAUAGAAGAUCCGUACUGGAGGACGAGAGGCAACAUUCCCAGGAGAAAUUUUAUGUACCUGAAUGCACACCUGAUGGCAGAUACCAUCGAGUGCAAUGUUAUUCAGGUUACUGUUGGUGUGUCUAUCAAGACACUGGUAAACCAAUUCCUGGAACAUCCUCGAAAGAUCGUACUCCAAAUUGCAAUCCUGUACCCACUCCUAGCAGGCCCAUGAAAGGUUGUCCAGAACAAAAGAAACAGCUGUUUCUACGAGAUUUAAUGGACCUAAUGCAGAAAAAAAUGAAGGCGUCCGGGACGGAUUCUGACGAGACGACAGCCAAGUGGCAAGCUUCGAAAGAGGAACAAAUAGCGACCUGGCAUUUUGUUAUGCUGGAUAAAAACAAGAAUAAGGUUUUGGAGAGAAAAGAAUGGAAAAGUUUCCGCACAAUGGUAGCAAAUAAUAGGCAGCUUCAAAGAUGUGGCAAAAGAUUGCCUAGAUACUGUGAUAUCAACAAUGACAGAAGGAUAAGUAUGACAGAGUGGCUCAGUUGUCUAAAUGCUCAACGCCCUACAACAUCUGAGAGUACAGAGAAAGCGUCAACCACUAAGCCGAAGAGAAUGGGCCCAAAUCCUUUGGAUCAAUUUUUGAAGAACGAUGAUGAUUAAGAAUAUAUGUGAUAUAAAUGCGUGUUCGUCAUUUCAUCGAUACAUUAUUGCAGUGACCAUUCAUUAAACAAGAGAAAAAGGAAUAUUGAAAAAAAAAUGAAACCUGUUGCUGUGUUAAAAGAAAAUUUAUUCAUAUUUUUAUAGCCGGUGAUAAAUACCACUGUCGCGUCAUUUAUUUUUAAUAUAAAUCAUAUUUAUCUGUGCCUUACAAAACUUGAUAGUACGAUAGUUUAUUUUGAUCGUAACAACGAUAUUGUAGCUGUAAGGAAUAAAAGUAACAAAGUAUUACGGGCA